AAAUAAGCAGACUUUCACGUAUUAUUUUCAUUUUGUAAUAAAAUCCUUAACACUUAACGUAUUUAUUGUUUACUGGUGCAAUCUUCAACAAGAGGUCCUCAGGUGUGUACGAGUUUCUAUGGAGAUAUUCUAAAAAUAGAUGUAUAUUUUUAUUUAAAAGUUAACAAGCUUAAAUAAAGCGUUUUGAAAUAGACAAAAUUACCAGUAAACCAGCCAGGAUGACUGUGAACAAUGGGAUUAUCAAUGUUAUCAUAUCAAUGUUAAAAUAUACUUCAAGUGUUCAAGAUAAAAAUUGGUUGUAAAUAAUUGAUAUUUCUCCCCUUUGUUGAUUUCCAAGAAACCAAGCAAAUGGAAGUAAUAGAUUUCGGUAACGUUUACGGCGAUAGACACCAACACACACCUCUUUGCAAAUUCAAAAGAAAAUUUGACUUGCAAAGUGUUUGCAACGAUUUUAAGUUUGUUAACAUUAUCAUCAAACCCGUCCCUCUAAUAUUUGGAUGGAAAUUGGAGCAGUAUGAUGUAGAUGUUAUCUUAAAUAGAUUAAAUUUUCACUUAAAAAUAGUGUGUUCAACUUUUAAUAAGGAGCUUAUAAGAACAUUAAAAAUAAAAAUCUACAAUACAAACAAACAAAAAGAGUUGGCAAGUUGUACGAAUUUCUUACAAAGACAAAAAAAUUUACACUUAGCCUUAAACGUAUUAAGAAAAUGUAGCAAGUUAUUCGAAGAAAGAAAAUUGAUAAUAACCGCUUUAAUCGAACAAAAUCCUGUGUGUAUCUCAAUAGAUAAAACAGACGAUUCUGGUUAUUGCAUUAAAUGCAUUGAUCAUAAAAGAAAUUUUAUGUUUUUUGAAUCAAAUUGGUCGCUGGGUUGGAAUUAUCGCAACUAUGAUAUUUUUGAUUUCGUUGAUUUUAUGCUAAAUAAUAAGGAUAAAUUGUUUAAUACAAAAGUAAAACCGAUAAUGAAGAACCUAACCUAUCCCCACAACACAUUUAACGCAAAAAUGGAUUUGUGGCGUGAUAUUUUAGCCUCGGUUAAAGUUUGUUUGGAAUCAAACAACAUUCCAGAUCUAACAAAUCAACAAUUUGAUCAACAGGGUACAGCAAGCCAACCACCGACCUCAUGUCUUCCUGAUAAAUCAAUACUUCGCAAGAAGUACAAGAAAAAACUACUAGAGAAUAAAGACUUAUACUUAAUAUAUCCAGAAAUUAUUGAAAUCAUCGAUUCGGACGAGGAAAGUAGCAUAGAUUUAACUGUGGAGUCUGAUAAUGAUGUUGAAUAUGUUGAAACUUUUCCUAGUGGAAGUAACACUAAACAUGGAGAAGUUGAGUCUACAAGAGGGAAUCAAAACCAUAUGUGUGAAUGACGAUACGCUCGCUAUCGCUAUUAUCACUAACUUAUUCUAUUUUCUUUUUUUUUUGUUAGAUAUAAAAUUUUUAUGUGAUGAGGAAAAGUUUUUACUUUGCAGCUCUUUUUUACUUGUGAUAAAAUCUAAUGUAAUUGUUUAAAACCUAAUUAUAUAAUUCAAUAGAUGUUUAAUAAUAUUCUUUUUAAUGAAAA